CCUUUUCACCCAAUCCCUCAUAUCUCUGGGCAAUUACUUCUGCUUCAUGUAUUCCUAGUCGCUGCUGGGUCACUUAUGACAUCUGAAUCUCUGGAGGCACAGCUCACAGAAGGUCUACUCACGAAACAUCCCGAGUUCUGGUUCUCCGACGGCUCCCUCAUCCUCCGCGCUCAUUCAGUUCUCUUCCGUGUACACAUAUCUCAACUCUCUCGCAAAUCUGCGUUCUUUCGCGACUUGUUCUCUCUAGCACAGCCCGAGUGCACCGCCGGGUCCAACGCGCAAUAUUUGGAGGGUUGUCCAGUCUUAGAUAUGUACGACUUUCCGGAGGAUGUGGCGAACCUCGUGAAGGUCAUAUAUGACGGUCCGAACUUUGGCAGCCACGAUCGUCGCGACUUCGUGACGCUAUCUAGUAUCCUGCGUCUGUCUAGCAAAUACCUCAUCGAGGAGACCACUCGCGAGAAGGCCCUCGCCCAUAUACGUACGGCAUGGCCUUCAACCUUGAAGGGUUGGGAUCUGCGAGAGGACCUCGCCCGCCUGCAUGAAGCGGAAACCGGACAGCCACGCGGCAGCCGAUAUCCACACCCAAUCGCCGUAAUCAAUCUCGCACGCGAGAUAGACGCGGACGAGCUCCUCCCAGCCGCGUUCUACGAGCUCUCGCGAUACAGCUUCGCCCAGAUCUUCGAGCCCGCCCCCGGAGACCCCCUCGAGCCUCCCACACCUCCCGAGCCCUCCCUCUCGUAUACCCUCGCUCCCGCCGACCUUCAGCGCCUCACGCUCGGCAAGGAAGCCGCACAACACGCCGUCACCGCACUCAUCCAGGACAUGGAAUACGCCUCGUCAGAGCACACGUCUCACCGCCGCUCACGGUCUUCCGGACAGCACGCCGUUGCUACGGGGAUACUUGGGACCCCACAGGGGGGAGGCGGCGCGGCUGGGAUAAGCAGGGAAGUCGCCCGCUCCCCGCGCCGCGCCGUGUGCGUCACCCCGGCAGCGUGCCGGGCUGACUUGGGCGAGCUGGUCGAGCUCGCUACGCAGCACUACUUGUUCGAUCGCGAACGCGGGUGUGCGGACCCGUUGUAUGUCGCUGAGGAGCUGGGGCAGCUGAAGAGUGCUGAGUUUGCGGACUGUGUAGCGUGCGCGCAUGCGCUGGAGGCGUGGGCUGCUAGAGAGCGGGAGAGAUUGUGGCGGGCUAUACCCGAGUGGUUCCGAUUGCGGAGAUGAAUGCAUUUCG